AGAUUCAGUCCUUAAAGGAGAAUAAAUAAGUGGCAAGAAAAAAAAUGUUUACGGUUUCCUGCUGGUUUGAAGCAGGUUGAAAAGUGUCCAAUUUCACACAAUUACAUGUUUCUUUCUCUAAACAGAAUGCAUAUUUUUUGACACAUAUAAGGGUUAACAAAAAGCCAGUUAGAAACCGCCCGUCACAUUCAUCACAUGACCUUUUGCUUUCAGUUUCACUUCUUCCUGCCUCCUGCCAUGGCGUCUGCUGAUCUGAGAGACGAGUUAAAUUGCUCCAUCUGCCUGGGAAUUUAUACAGACCCUGUGACUUUGCCUUGUGGCCAUAACUUCUGCCAGAUCUGCAUAGAGAAUGUGUUGGGUUCCCAGGAUGGAUCUGGGGUGUAUACCUGCCCUGUGUGCAGAGAGGAGUAUCUGGAACGCCCUGCUCUGCGGAAGAACACAACUCUGAGUAACAUAGCAGAACAUUUCCAUCCAGCUGUGCUGGAAGGAGAUGGGACUGGAAUCUUCUGCACUUACUGUAUCCACUCUCCUGUUCCUGCCGCUAAAACCUGUCUGCACUGCGAGGCUUUCCUGUGUGAUAACCAUGUGAGAGUACACAGCAAGUCAGCAGAACACGUCUUAACAGAGCCCACCACUUCCCCAAGGGACAAAAUAUGCUCUGUUCACAAAGAAGCCCGCAAGUAUUACUGCUCCAUUGAUGACGUUUGUAUCUGUGUGUCCUGCUCCAUCAUAGGAGAGCACAGAGGGCAUCAGGUGGAGCCACUCUCUGAAGCUUCUGAGAAGAAGAAGAAGAAACUGAGACAGGUUCAGAAGACACUGUCUCUAAAGAGAGGACAGAUUAGGUUGGCUGCCCAGAGUCUAGAGAAAAACUGGAGAGAAGAGAAAAAUAGUAUAGCCACUCUAACAGAAAUAUUUACUGCCCUAUUCAAAGAUAUGAAGAAUCCCUUAAGGGCUGAGGCUCAGAGAUCUACGCAUGAGAUAUCCAAGAAGGAAGAGCAGUUGUCACUCACAGCCUCCAGCUUAAUCGGCAGACUAGAGACAAAGGCAGAAGAGCUGUCUACCAGAGUGUGUUACAUAGAGGAUGUGUGCAAUAUGGUUGACCCAAUAGCUGUCUUACAGGAAUGGGAGUCGGACAGUGUGGAUGAAAUAGAGGACCUUAAGCUGGAGGAAGAACUUCAGGAGUUCCAUGGUACUUUGCGAACUGUAGGGGUCGAAGCCUUUGUGACCCUACAAGCACGUUCAUUUGAUCUUUUGCCUGAUAUUAAACCAAUGAAAUGGUUUGAUAUCCAGGUGGUGUCAGACCUACAGCUGGAUGUGGAAACUGCUGCUAACAACGUGGUUAUAUCCAAAGACCUGAAGACUGCUUCCUGGACAGGGAUAGAUCAGUGCCGGAAGGAAUCGCAAAAGAGAUUUCAGUCAUGCCAGGUUUUAAGCUGCAGAGCUUUCUACUCUGGGAAGCAUUACUGGUCGGUGGACACCAGCGAAUUGGGGGACUGGAUGGUGGGGGUAGCAUAUCCCAGUAUAGGAAGGAAAGGUGCAGGCUCUUUUAUUGGAUAUACAAAUAAUAAAUCUUGGUGCUUAUGCAGAUGUGAUAAAGGGUACACUAUGAUGCACGGGACAGAAGUCCAAAUAUUAUAUCAAUUAUCCUGCUGCAGAUUAGGAAUUUAUUUAGAAUAUGAGGCUGGGCGUCUGUCCUUUUAUGAGCUGAGUGGUCCAAUCAGACACUUACACACCUACAUUGCCAAAUUCACUGAACCCCUGCACCCUGUCUUCUGUGUGUCUAAAAAUGCAAACAGCCCAGAUAUGUCCUACAGCUGGAUCCGAAUUCAGUCGUAAAAGCUUGGCACGGCCAAGCUUAUAACAGUGGCAAAUAAAGGUUGUUCACCUUUAAAUUAACUUUUAGUAUGACGUAGAGAGUGAUAUUCUCAGACAAUUUGCAAUUGG